CGGGACUGCAGCAGCGGCAGCAGAUCAGUUUUUAGGAAGCUAUCUGCAAGAGGAAGCAAGGGAAUCCUGUCCUUGGAAGUCAUGAGUGGCGUCGGUUUCGACCCCUACCUCUCCUCCUCCAGGCGCUGGUAUGUGGAGAGCAGUGCCCGGGCUCCGGUGCGGAGCCGCUCCCAUGCCGUCUAUGCCAGCCACACGUCUUCGCUGUCCACAUCCCGGCUGCACUACGCCUCUCCCAGCCGUGCCUCCGCUGCCUCCGUCCUGCUGUUGAGCAGCCCCGCCCGCUCGGUGGAGCUGGAUUUGGGCCAGGCGGCCCAGGUCAGCUCUGAUUUCCGGGCGGUGCGCACCCAAGAGAAGGCCCAGCUCCAGGAGCUCAAUGACCGCUUUGCCGGCUUUAUCGAACGUGUCCACGAGCUGGAACAGCAGAACCGUGCACUUGAGGCUGAACUGCUGUUGCUCCGCCAGCGGCAUGGUGAGCCAUCACGCCUCAGGGCCCUGUAUGAGCAGGAGGCCCGCACCCUUCGCGCAGCCGUGGAGGAGGCCCGCCUGGAGAAGCAGGCCAUGCUCAGCCAGAGGGAGCGUGCUGAGGAGACCCUGAGGGUACUGCAGGGCCACUACGAGGAUGAGGUGCUGGCUCGUGAGAAUGCUGAAGGCCGGCUCCUGGAGGCCCGCAAGGAAGCUGAUGAAGGGGCCCUGUUCCAGGUUGAGAUGGAGAAAAAAGUCAACUCACUGCUGGAUGAGCUGGCCUUCCUGAAGAAGGUUCACGAGGGCGAGAUCACCGAGCUGCAGGCACAGGUUCAAUUUGGAGCACAGAUCGCUGUUGAAACCGAGGCCAUCAAGCCUGAUCUGUCCAGUGCGUUGCGUGACAUCCGGUCCCAGUAUGAGAGGCUGGCAGCCCGGAACAUGCAGGCAGCUGAGGAGUGGUUUCGUGGGAAAGUCGGUCACCUGACUGAGAGCGUGGCCCAUCACACUGAUGCUGUAAGGAACACAAAGGACGAGGCAGGUGAAUACCGCCGGCAGCUGCAGGCUCGUAUUCUGGAGAUUGACGCCUGCAAGGGCCUUAAUGACUCUUUGGAGAAACAACUGAGAGACGUGGAGGACAAGCAAAGUGCGGAAAUUGCAGCCAUGCAGGACACAAUUAGUGAAUUAGAAAGUGAUCUAAGAGCCACUAAAGGUGAGAUGGCCAGAUAUCUUAAGGAGUACCAGGAUCUUCUCAAUGUGAAAAUGGCCCUUGAUAUUGAAAUAGCUGCAUACAGAAAGCUUUUAGAGGGUGAGGAAUCCCGCUUCAAUGUGGGUGUAACUGGAGGUUUUGCCAGUGCUUACUCAGUUGGCCCCUCCUACUCGCGGCCCAUGUUUGCCCUGCAGUCGAGUGUGAGCUCUGCUGCCCCCUAUCUGUUCAGCUCUCGCCUGGUUACUUCAACUCUCCUAUCAGAAAAGGAACAGGAGGAGGAACAGGAGGAGGAACAGGAGGAAGAGAAAGUAGAAGAGAAGGAAGAGGAGGAAGAGAAAGUAGAAGAGAAGGAAGAGGAAGGAGAAGAGGAGGAAGAGGAGGGAAAAGAGAAAGAAGAAGAAGAAAAGGAGGGUAGAGAGGAAGCUGGAGCUACAGAGGAGGAAGAAGAAGGAGAAGGCAAAAAGGAAGAGGAGGCCAAAGAGGGUGAAGAAGGAGAAGAUGAAGAGGAUGGAGCUGAGGAGGAGGUUGGCAAGAAAGAAGCAGAGGAGAGUGAGGCCACGAAGGAGGAAGAGGAAGGAGAUGUUAAGCAGGAGACUGAGGCAGAUUCAAGGAAAGGUGAGAAGGCAGCUGCUGCAGAACCGAGAAAGGAGGACGCUGGUGCAGCCAAGGAGAUGCAGAAGGCAGAGCCAGAAACCCAUAAAGACAAGGAUAAGCCAAAACCUGAGGCAGAUAAAGGCAAAGUUGAAGUUCCAGAAAAGGUGAAGGAGGAGCCAGAGAAAGCCGAGCCCAAAGAAAAAGAGGAGCCAGAGAAGGCCACGCCCAAAGAGAAGGCGGAGCCAGAGAAGGCCAUGCCAAAAGAGAAGGCGGAGCCAGAGAAGGCCAUGCCCAAAGAAAAGGAGGAGCCAGAGAAGACCACGCCAAAAGAGAAGGCAGAGCCAGAGAAGGCCACACCAAAAGAGAAGGAGGAGCCAGAGAAGGCCACGCCAAAAGAGAAGGAGGAGCCAGAGAAGGCCACGCCAAAAGAGAAGGCAGAGCUAGAGAAGGCCACACCAAAAGAGAAGGAGGAGCCAGAGAAGGCCAUGCCCAAAGAGAAGGAGGAGCCAGAGAAGGCCAUGCCCAAAGAGAAGGAGGAGCCAGAGAAGGCCACGCCAAAAGAGAAGGAGGAGCCAGAGAAGGCCACGCCCAAAGAGAAGGAGGAGCCAGAGAAACCACAAAAGGUAGAAAAAGAUGAUAAAGCCAAAGGUGAGGCAAAGGAAAGUGCAAAACAAGAGCAGGAAAAGAAAGAAGAAACUGAAAAACCCAAAGAGAAGAAGUAGACACUAUGACUUCAAACCGAAUUUAAACUUUAACCUGCUCUUAUUUACCGCUGUGCUUUAAUGAAAGUGCUCAGUAUUGCAGUGCAAUAAUGUAAGAGAAUAAAAUCAACUAGUUACUCUAAAAACAGUGCAUAAUUAUGCAUAAUAUUGUUGAACCAGUACUUGAAUGGGGAUGUUGGUUGUUAUUUUCUCAUGAUAUAGUCUGAAGAAAUGAGAAACUUUGCUUUAAGUGUAAUAAAAACCAUGCCUCUCAAGCACCAAA